CGCGUUCGAAUGUGCUUCGGUGGGAAACGCUUCCUUUUGCUUUUUUAUUUUUAAAUUUAAACUGAGUUAUCUGACACAACGAACUAAUUAGGAAAAAUAAUAAUAAAGGAGAAAAAAAGAAGUAAUAAGAAUAUAAACAAAAUCUCAGUUGACACAUAUUUGUAUGCGUUCCAUUUCGUUUCGUUCCGUUGCGCUUCCUAACCGGCGUUUUCUGCGCAUGCGUGCGUGCGUGCACUGCGUGCUGCAUUAUAGUGUGUGUGUUGGUGCGACGCUUUAAAUGGCGUUUUAAGUGAAAUUAAAAUGACGGAUGUGCUGUAAUUUGCACACUCACGCUCGCUCAAUAAAUACAACAACUAAAGCUACAACCACGACAACAACGAAUAAAACCAAGAAUCAAGAGGAAUAAAUAAUAACAACACACGCUGUUUGGUGGUCGGGGCGUUGUUUUGUAGCAUGUGCCUUAGUUGAUCGAAUUAAGUGCGAGUUUUAUAGCGCCCGCGGGACCGGGAACUGCAAUUGACUGCCGGCCGACUGAGCAGCCGGAAAUGCAAGCCCAGGCCCCACAACAACACCAACGACAACAACAAACAUAGCAACAACAAGUGUAACACCCCCGCCCAGGAAACGGCGGCAAUAAGUGCUAAUAAGUGAGCCACAGACUAUAACUAAAACCGGAUGCAGGGCCACUAGUAAUUGCCAAUUUUAGUUAUAUCUUGUUGUUUUUUUUCUCUUGUCUCGUUCAAUUGGAAAAAUCAGUUGGUUUUUUUCGGUUUUUUUUGUUGUAUUAUUUAGUCAUGCUUAGGCGACUCAUAAUAUAUUUGCCUAAGUAACUUCGUCACGCACUGCGCAUUGCAUUCGUUACCCCUCAAAAUGCGGCUUUUGCCUCUGAAACGGUGGCCCCCCUCACAAAAAAGGGUCGCCCCUCGCCACCGGAACGCAAGUUAAAGCCAUAAACAAGGAAAAAUAAAGAAUCACAAAAAAAGGGGUAACGAAAACAACAACAACAACAACAAAAACUCAAGGUGCGUUGCACUCGUUUUGUCAUUGAUUCCGCGGAUGCGAAAUAGCAUGCGGCAGUUGCAAAAAAAAGCACAGGCAACAGCUGCUGCGACAAAAGCCAGGCCAAAAGCAAAAGCCAAAACCAAAACAGCGAUUAUUUCAAGCAUCCGCCUCCACUUUCCCGCCCCGCCUUGCAAGAAACCCUUGCUGCCUGUCUUUUGUUACAACGUGGCCAGAACGUUGCCGGGCAAUUAUUAUUUUGUAAGACGUUUUACAAUUUAAUGGUUUUCAUGAAUGGACUUGGAUCCGACCCUCUGUCAGCAAAGGAGGCAGAGGGCCCUCCGGUUCAGGUUGAACCAGUUGAUUUGAGCUUACGUUCGCCGCGCGCGAGCACUUCGCAUGGGAGCAGCAGCAGCGGCGGCUCUGGCAGCUGUAAAUCCUCGUCGGCCACCAAAGCGGCUGGCUACAGCAAUGGCAAGCUGGGUGGAUGUGGAUCCUCCGGCUCCGGCUCGUCCUCGGUCUUUGGAGCGGGCUCAGCCGGUGCCGCAUCGUUGGGGGCCUUUGCCCGCCAGCAACAUCAGCAGCUGCAGCAGCAGCAGCAGCACCAGCUGCAACAGCAUCAGUCGACGCAGCAGCAACAACUUUAUGCCUCCGGUGUGUCCAAGUUGCCAUUCUCGCCGUUCUUCGCGGCCUCGCCAUUCUUUUUCACCUAUCGACGGAUCAGCGGCAACGGCAGUGGCAAUGGCAGUGGCGGCGGCAAGCAGGAGGACAACAACAACAGCUGCAGCUACAACAACGGCAGCAACAGCGGCAGCAGCGGCGCGGGAUCGGCGGCGAACAGCAUGCAGGACUACGACCGCAAGUUCUCGCUGCUGAGCCUGUUCAAGAACCCCUACAAGUUCGGAGAUGGCCAGGCCGCGAGGAAGUCCUCGUCGUCGGGCGCAUCCAGCAAGUCCAUGGCCUCGGGCGGCUGCUCUUCCUCCUCGCCGAGCUGGAAGAGCUACGCCGGCUCGGGAUCACCACAUGCCGCCCUCAAUCCCGCCUUCGGAGGCAUGGCUCUGGGGGCGACGCGCAAGGACAGCAGCAGUUUCAGUGGGAUUAACUUUGGCGGUGGCGGAGGCUCCGCAUUCGGACGAUCCUCCUCCGACUCGACGGCCAACGGCGGCUACAAUGAUCUCUCCAAGAACCGCAAGGUACACAAGUGCGACACCGAAGGAUGCGACAAGGUGUACACGAAGAGUUCGCACCUCAAGGCGCACAAGCGAACGCACACAGGUGAAAAGCCUUACGUGUGCACGUGGGAGGGCUGCAUCUGGCGCUUCGCCCGCUCCGAUGAGCUGACUCGGCACUACCGGAAGCACACGGGCGUGAAGCCCUUCCGCUGCCAGCUGUGCACCCGCAGCUUCAGCCGCUCGGACCACCUGUCGCUGCACAUGCGCCGCCACUGAGGACUUGGAACUGCCCGUCUGGCCAUACAUACUCGUACUCGUAAUCGUACUUGAACUUCAACUCGAACUCAUAUCCGAGAAUACUCAUCUGAGAUGCUGCGGGGAGCAGCUCUUGAUUAUUUAUAUGCACUCGAACCACUUCCAUUGAUCAUUUACGGAGACCAGAUAUUCCAUGUCGCUUAAGUAGCUCAAUUUAGACCUUAAGGGGGCUCAAAGCCCAACUUAGACGUAGUUAAACUGUAGUUACAGGGCGGAAAGAUUUGUAAAAUUUUUCACCUUUUAAGCCCAGACGACAAUUGCCUUCAGAAGCCAAGUUAACAAAGUGGAUUUUAACCUACUACACAUAGAAAUAUCUGCAUAGUUAAAUAUACAUAUACAUACAGAUAGUUUUGGAUUGGUGCUAGCAACUUGCGUGUACAUAGAUCUAGAUAAACAUUUACAGCCUAGUUCGGUAAGAAGAAAUUUAACUAAUUUUAGAUCAAAUUUUUAUUGGUUAUUAAGUAGAAAAUUUUAUACAAAAUCCAUACGAAAGAGGCAAAACAACCGGAAGAGCCAAGCAAAUCAAUAUUUAUAUAAAUAUAUAUAGAAAUUCUCUCAUCUGAAAGGUAAUUAAAACAUUUUGUACUAUACGCAUAUGAUGUGAUAGUUGAUGAGGAUUUUGAAAAAAAAGAGGGGAUCGGCAAGGAAAGUGUUGAUUGGCUAGACAUAUGAAACUAAAACUGACUUUUUUAUAUAGCUUACAAUACGCAGAUCAUUUUAUACCUUUGAAAUACUGGAAAUAAAAAAACAAUCUUUUUUACAACUUACUUAAAACUAUUUUUCUUUAAGAAUACACUUAAUAGCAGUUCUUUAAAAGCCUUUUAGCAUUAUAAGAAUGUUAACACUCAAAGAAAUUCUGGUUUUACUCAGUAGAGAUACCUAUGUAUACAUUUCAAACUGCCUUAUAGCUACGGAACGCACUGUAUUCCCUGGCGAACCCCGAAAGCAAUUUGCCUCAUACCAACUGUCAUCAUAGAUUUUAGCACACUCGCAGACAAACACAAUAAAACACAAAAAAAACACAACACACAAAGGCAAAACAAAUUGUAUUAUUU